AGCUCGCAGAUCUUAGCCUUAUCCAAAUGGCUUUGUUUCAGCGUCUCCUCCUCCUCUCUCUCUUGCUUCCAUUAUCGGCUGCUGCUGCAGACUCCAUCUCGCAGUAUUGCAGCAAGAGUUUUAAGAGCAAGCAGACCCAGGCCAACAUCGAUCACGUCCUCGCCGACCUCGUCGCGAGGGCCUCCGUUGGUGGCUUUGCGACUGCUUCUUCUGGCAAAGGAGCCAGUGGAAUCUACGGCCUCGCGCAAUGCAGAGGCGACGUCAGCGCGGACGAUUGUUCGACGUGCCUGGCGGACGCAGCGAAAAAGCUCCCCACCACCGCAUGCCCGAGCCAAGCCGACGGGCGGAUCUGGUACGACUACUGCUUCAUGCGCUACGACAACGAGAACUUCGUGGGGCAGUCCGACACCAGCGUGGCCACCAUUCUCUACAACGUGGAGAACGCGACGGACCCCGAGAAAUUCGACAAGAAGGUGGGGGUCGUGAUGGGCCGGGCGAGGGCGGACGCGGUGGCGCCGGGGAACAACGCGCUCGGGAGGGCCAAACUGCAGUUCACCCCCUACAUCACCAUCUACGCGCUGGCACAGUGCACGCGCGAUCUGCAGCAGCUGACGUGCGCCCAGUGCUUGUCGUCGGCGGUCGAGAAGUUCCCUGACUACUGCCAAUACCGGAAGGGUUGCCGGGUUCUCUACAGCAGCUGCAUGGUGCGCUACGAGAUUUAUCCCUUCUAUUUCCCUCUCGACUCCACCAAAACUACUGCCGCAGUUGGUACCUACUACAAGGCCACCUUGCAUCCAUAGGCCAUCUUGUUUUCUUCUCCUGUUAAUGGUGAAGAAAGUGACGAUGCUACUGUAAUCCAUAUGAAGAAGCGAAUAAAGAGUUCUUGAACCUA